AGUUUGAUUCACUAACUUUUUAGCAAUAAAAUACAAUAUAUCUUUUUGAGUAUACAAAUUGCCAUAAAUACAUUUCUACACCGUUUGGCUAGUUUUGAUGUUGUUACAAAUCUUUUUUUACUCCUUAUGAGUGUUUUUCAAAAACUUUAUGCCGCUUUCUUAACCUUUCAAAUGAUCCAUAAUAGUUCAAAUGAUUCAACCCUUACACCAUUUUUCUUGAUCUUGCUCGUAUUUAAUACCUUUAUUGGAGUAAUGAGUUGUUACGAUGCGUGGGAUAUUAUAGGAUGAGACACAUCAUUGCAAGCCUGGCCAUUUGGGUAGUUACCGCACCUUACUACCCCCUCCAACGUGCGGCAUUGCCACAUUGUCAUAUCAGCUGAUUCUCAGUAUGAGCUGAUGCGACGACGGUGACUCUCAAUGUUCUUGGGCGUUCGAUUAUUCUGCAUGUUUUCAUUUUAUGAUUACAUUUUUCUUACGUUCUGUAGCAUAGUGUAAACACGUGUUAAUUUAAAUCAUGAAGAUAAAGGAUGCAGGAAGAUAGAUAAGAAGUAAAAUCAAGCAGUAACGAUGGCUCGAUUAUUGAAUUCAAUUGAUUAUCCCAUUACUGGUUAUUUUUUUGUUACAGCUGGCAAUACCACACCACAAACCACGCUUGCAUUGAUAUGUCUUUCCUUUGUGUUAUUUAAAUUAAUUGUUAUAAGAAUAUAGGUAGGGAGCAUCCUCCACAGUAACUGUAUUCAAACAAUCUUCCAAAAACUAGAAAUACCUGUAUACAGUAACUAUAAUAUGAAUUUUAAACUAAAAAGCCAAAAUUUGAUACUUUAUUGUGUGCAACAAGACCAAAAAGCGUUGGCAAAAAUGCUUACAGGUUUUUAAUUUUAUAAUUGAAUUUUAACAGUCUUGAAAAAUUUUAGACUAUUUAGACCAGAAAUUGAAUUAAAAUCGGAAGCAAAAUAAUUGUGGACAAACAACAUGACUUACAUAAUAGACCUGAUAUAUAGAGAUAUAACUACAUAAGUCAAUGAAUUCCAAAGAAUCAAAUGCUCUAGAGGUUCAGAAACUAAAACGGCAAAUUAACAGAUGACUACUAAGGUUUUCAAAGUGGAAUAUUUGGUUGAUUACUUGUUUGAUUCAGAACUGAUCUAGCAUAAUGGUCCAAAAAGCCCAAGAAACAAAUGGUUAUCCUGCAGUUGAAAAAGGAGUAAAAUAAGUAAUCAAAUUCACAAAACCAAGAAAUAAUAUCCCCAACGUAUUGAAAGAGAAUAGCAUGGAAAUAAAAAUACAGAAGAUCAAUAUUUUAUACAGAAGUUCUACAAUGAUUUUAGAGUUAAGAGCCUGUUAUGCUUCUAAUACUGUACCUGAUUCUCUCUGAUUCAUCUUAUUUUAAUAAAUUAGUCUCUUAAGUAUAAAAAAUUUGUAUCUCUCUAAUAAUAUACAAUUAUUAAUCUUACAUGAGAUUUUCAAAAUAUAUGUCAGUAUUGUGAUUUAAGAACAAAAAAAAUAUAUUAAUGUGAAGUUAGUGAACUGUGGUGUUAAAUCUUCAACAGUUUAUAACUCAGGACACCUUAAAUUAAAGUUUGGAGACGAUGACAGGCGCAAGACUCGAUGUUCAGUGGUCUCCAGUUCACCCCGACAAGUUCAUCACCUGGGGCACAGAGAUAUACCUGUACGAGACACUGCCCAAGAAGGAUGCACCUAAGACAGCAUGUGUGGACAUAACGGAGAGCACAGUGGCGCACCUGUUGGCUAUUAUUGCCAACCACCAUUAUGUCAAAUGUGUGGAUAUCUACCCACAGCCUGGGGCGGACGUGUUGCUUGCCGUCGGACAAGCCAACGGGAAAGUGGUUCUCACGUGUUUUGGCCCCUCCAUGUAUGACGGACUCGGACUCGCCGGUCUUGAGCUUGCCCCAAAGCACGCACGCCAGUGCAACACUGUCGCUUGGAACCCGAGUCAUACGAGUAUGGUAGCUGCAGGGCUCGACAAGUACCGCACCGACCACUCGGUGCUGCUGUGGGACGUGCAGAAGUGUCUUGCGCGACCAACGCACAGUGGUGAUGCUUACGUGCGGCCUGUUGCAGAACUGGGUCUGAGCGAUACUGCCCAUUCACUAGCGUGGUUGCUUCACCAGCCGCGGACUCUUGUCGUAGGCAUGAAUAACAAACACCUCAAGCUGGUCGACCUGCGUGAUCCAGCAAAAGCAGCUAAUUCCGCUCCUACCAAGGCUGUUUAUGGAGUCUGUAUCCCACCCCAUAAUGACCAUCAGUUGGCCUCAUACUACGAGAAUCAGAUAGCUAUCUGGGACCUUCGUGGCUUUGAAAAACCUGUCCUGACUCUUCCUCAGGCUAAGACUAUUACCAAGAUUGUCUGGUGUCCCACAAGACACAACCUGCUGGGCUCGCUGCAACGGGAUAGUGCAGUGAUACACCUCCAUGAUGUGCAACAGUCGAUGGAUGAGACGGAACCGUCAGUGUUGGAGCGCAGUGUACAGCCAAGGGGGGAGGAGACACUGACAUCGUUCUCCUGGCACCCGACACAUGACAACCGACUCAUCACCACCACUCUGUCAGGCUCACUAGCUGACUACACCGUGUUUGAGCGGAUGACUGUGAACUGGUCCCACGGCAGCCAUCUGGUGUGGACGUUUGGCCGCAGGACGCUCAAACUGAUCAGUGAUCGAGACCCUAUCUACAGUGGUCUUGAGGACAUAGCCACGAAGAUCAAACGCAGGGCAUUGGCUGGAUAUGGACUCAAGGAAGAGAUCUGGCAGAAUGGGGAUCUAGCAGAAGACCAAAAUCUCAAGAACCUAUGGCAUUGGCUAUACUGUAGCCGUAACCUUGUUCAGGAUGGCUAUAUAGAAGCAAAUGGUUCCACUAGGCAUCCUGGAGUCAGAUCGGUGUUGGGGAUGGACAUUGGCACAACGAUUGCCAACAAGUCAGAGUUGGUGUUGACACCUUGGACAGAGAAUUCUCAGACUUCAGUAAGACUCUAUAGGAGUGAAGACAGAGACAAGGCGUUGCAGCUGUGUGGUUGGAUGUUCGAUCGGGACCUGGCUGCCCUGCCGACUUUCCUGGAGACUGUGGAGAGUGAGGGGGAAGAGGGAGUGUGCAGGGCGGCCGCCAUUGCUGUGUUCAACCUGCGCCUGCGCCUAGCCAUCGAGAUCCUAACACGUGGUGCCCAAACUUACAACGACAGACUUACCAUUGUCGCUAUGGCUCUCUCAGGCUUCACUGACUCAAGGAGCAGCAUGUGGCGAGAACUGUGCAUGUCACAACGUGCCCAGAUAUCCAACCCAUACCUGCGAGCAAUGUUUGCCUUUCUCACACUUGAAGGAGACAACUACGACACAGUCCUUAAUGAGCCAGGAUUGGCAGUGGAGGAUCGGGUGGCUCUGGCGUGUCUGUACUUGUCCAAUGCACGGCUGUACGAGUACUUGAGCCAGCUGACGGAGACACUGAUUUCGAGUGGUGACCUGGGUGGUGUGUUGCUGACCGGGGCAGGGAGCGAAUGUGUGUCGCUGCUACAACACUACCUGGACCGCAGUGGAGACGUGCAGAGCGCUUGUCUCAUCGCUGCUUGCACAUUUCCCUCGCAGCUGCUCGAUAAGGACAGUCAGGUCCAGGAGUGGAUUGCAAGUUAUCGCAACCUGCUGAACAGCUGGCACAUGUGGAACCACCGGGCGAGAGUGGACAUCGCACUCAGCACACGAAACCCUGGCACCAAGCCUGUGCAGCAGGUGUUUGUGUCGUGUAACUUCUGCGGUAAAAGUGUAUCGGCAUAUAUGCAGGCUUCUUCACUAAGCCGAGGCCAGCUCGCUAGGCUCGGUGCCACCAGCAAUCGACUUAAGAUGACAUCAUGCCCCAACUGUCGCAAACCCCAACCACGCUGUGCAGUCUGUUUGGUGAACAUGGGAACCCCGGCUUAUUAUGACGGGAACCCUUCACCUUCUCCCUCCCGUCCUUCGACCACACCCCUCCGUCUCUCCCCCUUCAACUCCUGGUACACCUGGUGCCAGACCUGCAGACACGGUGGACACGCCUCUCACAUCACCCAGUGGUUCAGGGAACAUUCGGAGUGCCCAGUGACGGCUUGCUCCUGUCGCUGCCUGAGCCUGGACACUUCUAGCAAGAUGUCAUCCCUUGCGUCUGUUGCAUAGAGAUAACAACUUCCACAACAGUUGUUCUGAACUCUUCUUUUACUCUGUGGUUUACAAUAGUACCAAAGGAAAUAAUUUUUCGUUUUCAGAUCUUGGCAAGUUAGGUAAUUUGGUAAGUUUGAUUUCAUUGUUGUUUUAUUUUAAUUAGUUAAGUUAAUCUUUAUACAGUAUCAUUAAGUUCCUAGUUAAGUUAUUAAUGUUAAUUAAUGUUGUUCUUG